AUGGUUAAAACUCGCCAAUGGGUCCUUCAAAAAAGGGCGACGGACCUACCCUUUCUUCAUGGACCUGACGCUACUUUCGCACUCAUUGAAGCCGAUUCCGGUGCACCACAGAAUGGCGAGGUUCUUAUCAAAACGCUGUAUUUCUCAAACGACCCCUCUCAGCGUGGCUGGAUCGAUGCCAAUACAGAAAACGAACGCCUUUAUGUUCCCCAGCUUCCCGAAGGAGAGCCUAUGCGAGCAUUUGCCAUUGCAGAAAUUGUCGAAACCAAGGCCGACACCCUAAGAAAGGGCGACGUGGUCCGGGCGUGGACCAGGUGGUCGGAGUAUGCGGUAGUGGACGCGCGACUGUGCACCAAACUCCCGCGACUGCUUAACGAACUUAGCGUAACACAUCAUCUUGGUGCUCUUGGAAUUACAGGCCUAACGGCCUACUUUGGAAUCAAUGACAUCGCCCAAGCGACCAAAGAUGAUAUAGUCGUCGUGUCUGGUGCGGCAGGUGCAACCGGAAGCAUGGUUGUGCAGCUUGCCAAAAAGGUCAUUGGCUGCAAAAUAGUCAUUGGCAUAGCAGGGUCCGAUUCGAAGUGCAGAUGGGUGGAAUCGCUGGGCGCAGAUGUCUGCUUGAACUACAGAUCACCAAACUUUGCUCAGAAUCUGGUGAAGGAGACACCGGACUUUGUCAAUGUUUACUUUGACAAUGUUGGUGGAGAUAUUCUGGAUCUGAUGCUCACUCGCAUGGCUCGAUUUGGCCGCAUCGCAGCAUGUGGCGCAAUUGCCAACUACAACAAAUCCGACAAUGACAGCAUCGGCAUCAAAAAUUGGUUUGAAAUUGUCAGUAUGACGGUUACUAUUAAAGGUUUCCGCGUAAUGGAUUAUGCGGCCUGCUUUGAGCAGGCUCUUCAGGUACUCCUGAAGGCUCUGGAGGAUGGGAAGCUCAAGAUCGAUUCCGAGGUAGAACAGGUGAUUGAGGGCCGUUUUGAGGAUAUCCCAGGGAUUUGGAUGAAGCUUUUCACGGGAGCCAACCAACUGAAGGAAAAUUGA